CUUUGUUAAUCUCAGGGAAGGUUCUUGUUUCUCUUUGCACUCUCAUCCAUUAUGGUUUUCCCUAUGAUUAUUUUGCACUAAAAUGCUUACAGUGAUUUAUGGAUCAUUAUACCAUAGGUCUGCUCAUAUGUUAAACCUACUACUGGGUGUUUCAUAUUUCAUACUGAGGAUAUUUCACCUUAGGGGACUGAGAGUAUAUAAGGAAUGUUCAGAAGACCAAACUAUUCCAGAUUAAAGGAUGUAAGGAGCGCUAUAAGAGCAGAGCUGUGUUCAUACACACACCAAUCCACUUUCUACUGCUGCAGCUACUGCUGGACUUCCCGUAGAUCCUGAGUGACCCAUGUCUCGUCCAAUCAGAGGGAAGAAUUCUGUUCACACACUAUACCUACCUUUUCCACUUUGUUUAAAUUGCUCUUGUGUUUUCGGAUUUGUUAUUUUGGGUUUUUUUUUAUUUAUUAUUGAAUUUUCAGAUUUGUUAUUGUGUUUUGCACUUCUCGGCCAUAUUGUCCAUAUGGGCCAUAAAGCCUAUAUUGAUGGUGUAUUCCCUAAAAUUAAACAUAGAAUUAAGGUAGUGUUCUGAUAAUCUUAAAAUAAUUUUAUCAAGUGGAUCUUAGCUGUGCGUGCUCCUGGUAUGUUUGAUUCUUGAUCCAGUAACGAAACUAUUUUGUAACAAACUUUUUAUUCUAUGUUUUCCAGCACAAGAACAGGAACUGUAACUGCACACUUUUAUUAUUCCCCCUCGUUACCUACGCACUCUCCAGGUGUGGAAAAUGGCGACGAGGUCCUUGGUGCUCCUCGCCUUGGGGACUGCAGUGAUUACCUUUGCAGUGACUGUGCAGUGCUGUCCUAAGCAGUGUAGCUGCUCAGAUAAACACCCACAUCACUUUGUGGACUGUGCUUACAAAGAACUUCACCUGGUACCUGAGGGCUUGCCAUCCAAUGUGACCACUCUUAGCCUUUCAGCAAACAAAAUCAAAGUGUUGAAAUCCCAGAAUUUUGUGAAUGUGACCCAGGCUACAUCGCUUUGGCUGGCCCACAAUGAAAUUGUCACCAUUGAGAGAAACACGUUGGCACCACUGGUCCAAUUAAGGAAUCUGGAUCUAAGCCAUAAUAAAAUAGUCAAUUUCCCAUGGGAGGACCUUGCUAACCUCACUGCUCUACAGCUGCUGAAAAUGAACAACAAUGAGAUGGUCAGUCUGCCCAAGGACGCAUUUGCCAACUUGAAAGAUCUGCGCUCAGUUCGCAUCAACAAUAACAAGUUUGCUACCAUUGCAGAAGGAACUUUUGAUGCUCUUAUCUCCAUGUCACACCUACAGAUUUUCAACAAUCCUUUCUCCUGUUCUUGCAAAUUGGAGUGGAUGAGGGAUUGGAUUACUAAAUCUAAAAUUUCCAUUCCUGAGCAGGACAACAUCCUAUGUGAGGCACCUGCCCAUUUAAAAGGUACACAGGUCAUUAACAUGCCAAAACUGACAUGUCAGGCUCCAACUGUUACCAUAACCUAUCAGCCCAACAUUGAGAACACAGAGAUUCACGAGGGACACGUGGUCAUCUUAAACUGUGAAACCAAAGGAAGCCCCAAACCUGAUGUUGAGUGGGAAGUUUUUGCAGGAAACCAAUUAUUAAAGUUCCCAUUGCCUUCACUUGUUGAAAAUAGUGAGUUACCUAUUAAUAGUGCACCCUCUAAUACAAGAUUCCACAUCUUUCAAAAUGGAACGCUAAUCAUUCCUCGUAUGAGCAAAAAAGAAGAUGGAAACUAUAGCUGUUCAGCUACUAAUGCCAUGGGCAAAGCUGAAAACACAGUGAAAGUUGCAAUGGCUGUUAGCACAAAAGUAACCACCAACUCUGUGCUGGACAGAAAAGAAGUUAUUAACAAUAAGUCUGGCCAACAGAACCACAAAAAUAAUGAAUGGUCCUUAUAUGAGCAGCCGAAAAGUCUUCCAACUAGAUCAUCCUCCAUUAAUAUUAAAACUGAAGAGAUUGAUAUUAAUACUUUGCCAUUUACCAGUAAGUGUGGAAUAAGUGAUGGUACACAGUAUAUAUCCAAUCAUGCAUUUAACUUGAGCUUGGAUGACCUUAAACAGUAUACCUUUGACUUUGGGGUGAUUGCUUUGGAAGUGUCUGAGACUGAGGCAAAGGUCCAGCUUAAUCCUCUACAGAUGGCAAAUACCAAAUCAAAUCUUCACCUCAACCAUCCCCAAGACCUGGAAACUGUGAAUAAGGAACCAUUCACGCUUUACCAGUCAUCCUCCAAAAAAUCUCCUAUGGACAUGCUGUAUGUUUGCGUGGGCACUGGCAAUGGACAUUCAGUUGUCCAGUGGUCCAAGAUCGAGGACGGCGUCAACACAUAUCGUUUCCGAGGCUUGCGGCCAGGCACCAAUUACACUCUGUGCCUUACCUAUGGAGGCCAGGACUGUCAGGUUCAAGUUGUCUUCACGACAAGGAAGAAAAUCCCAUCGUUGCUUAUCAUAGUGGUGGUCAGCAUUUUCCUGCUAGCUCUGGCCACAGUGCCCUUGCUAGGAGCCACCUGCUGUCACUUGUUGUACAAGUAUCAAGGGAAGACCUAUAAACUGAUUAUGAAAACACAGAAUGCAGAUCAGAUGGAGAAGCACAUAGCAACAGAUUUUGAUCCAAGAGCCUCUUUUGUGGGAUCCGAGAAAAACUUCAAUGCAAGUGAACUUGGUGAGGGAGACGCUGAAGCUGAUGUAGAGGAAGGAGAAGGGGAAGGCGAGGAAGCCGAGGGCAGUGUGGUGACCGAGUCCAUUCCUGAGUCGCAGUCCAAAACACAGGAGGAGUUUGAAGUGGGCUCCGAGUAUAGUGACAGGUUACCUUUAGGGGCUGAGGCAGUGAAUAUAUCUGAGGAAAUAAACGGCAAUUAUAAAGAGCCGCGCUAAAACCGACAGUGUGUAAAAUAUUUACCUUUCGACCACAUUCCAAACCAGGUGAAUUUCGAUGAGCACAUCACCUUACUAUUGUAAUACUCUGAAGAAGGUGCGUUAACUCUAUUUUACCUCAGUUAUAUAGCAGUAAAUGUAUAUAUUUCAUAUUGGUUCUUGGGUUUUAUAAAUAACCGAUCUCUACCAUCGAAAGGAAUUUAUUCCAACACACAGAACACUGAACUGUACAUUCAACUCAACUCAACGUUAAAUUCUUCAACUUAACAUCCCUGCAUACAUGUAAGAGAGUGUAGAGAAAUUCCUACUAACAAUCAAAUGUCCUUUAACCGAGAGGUUUGGUAACGUAAUGUUGUGGUCAUCCUGCGCCCCGGGCACUAAACCAUGUUCAUCAGUUAUUGUUCAAACGUCGUUGCACAGAUAGUUACUUCUGAAAGAGAAUAUUUUCACUCCACGGCAUGUGCGAAAAAUUUAGUCUAAAAAACCCAGGUCACCUUCAAGUGACAUUUUGUGCAUUGUGUGACUUCAGGUCUCCUUUAAGGAGCGGGUGCUUAAGAAGAUCGUCUCGCCAUUUUUGGACUGAUUGAACGUCUCCUUUCUCUAGUUUAAGGUUACUUGUUCGUGGCAUGUCACACACGAAGUAUUUCCGAGUGUGUUUUAUUAGAAUAUAUAGAACGGUAGAUAUUCUCGGUGUCGAUAUGUGGUGUAAAGCAGUAAAGUGUGAAGAUGUCCUCUUUUUUUAUAUCUCAGUCGUUGCAUUUCACCAUCAGCCUGUUACGCACGUCCUGUACACUUUCGCUUAGUGAAUUGUGUCGAGCUGUUCAACUGAUGUUGUGAAUUAUCUUUUCAAAGAUUUUGAUAUGAUUUUAUGUACGUGAACUUAAUAAAAUACUGAUGAAGAA